GGCAAACCAACUAAAUUCGGCUUAUCUUCCAAGGUAUUUUAGUAACCCGGAUGACGGCUGCAACCCGCAUCACACCCUACACCCCAGGCAGCGCUAUUUGGCUCUAGUAUAAUGGUCUUGGUUGAACCGGGUUCAAGGAUUAAGGUGGACAGGGUUCAAGGCGUCAUCCCCGAGGCCGUGAACCCCGUUCAGCCAGACGUGUGAUUUAUCCAUCCCCUUAAUCCUGUACUGCGCCUAACCAUGUCCCCGGAUGAUCGACAUACUGUGUCUGGAUUAAGUUUAUCUCACCAAAACCGGUCUCAAUGAGUGUGGCUAAGAAAACGCAGGAAAGGGAAAUCAGCCUUCUGAUGCAUUAUGUGGACGACGUGUUUCCCCAUCAAUUCCCUUUCUACCAUAGCCAGUAUGUGGGAAAAAGAGAAUGGCUCUUGCCCUUACUGUCGUCAACAAGAUCGGUCUAUUACGCUACGUUAUGCCUCAGUCUACUGCACAAGGAGAAAUGCUUCAAUCUGGACCAGCCAGAGUCGGUAUCCUUUUGCCAAGAGGAGAGACUGCGAUAUUAUAUACUGGCGCUGCGAGAAACACAGCAGCUUUUACUGAAGUUGAGCCCAGUAUAUAACCUAGACACCAUAAGAUACUGUAUUCCUUCCCUAGCAAGCGCUCUACAUCUGAUCAGUUAUGAGUCCACCUGUCCUGUAUAUGGAGAUUGGAAAGUUCAUCUGCAAGCUGCAACAUCACUGAUCCCCAUUCUCGUAGGGAGCUGGAACAGUAUGAUCAAACCGAUCAAACACACUUCCUCCCUUUGGACAGGCCUAACCCUUUCUGAUUUCCAUGACCUCCACACAGAAGGGUCUCUCUCUUACGAAAAUGCCGGUGCCUUCCGGUUUCUAACGAAUGCACUGGCUGUAACUGGCAUCCUGUCUUUCAUUUCAACUGGCCCGACAGCUGCACUGUCCGACUACCGAUAUCUAAUGGAUUCCACAUACGAUAUGGUUCAGUGUGACCAGUUCCUUGGUUGUGAGAACUGGGUGCUGUCGGCUAUUCUAGACGUGGGCAUGCUGGACCGGUGGAAAAGAGAGGAAGAAGAGAACCGACGCCUCAGCUUCAGGGAGUUAGCGAGCCGGGCAAAGAGGGUCGAGGACAGCCUAGAAAAUGGAAUCAGAGCGUUAUCAGCUAAAAUCACCAGUUCUCCAGAUGCAGUCAUCUACAUCACCCGGAUUUAUGCCAGUUCCACACUGACCUACCUGCAUUCGGUAGUCUCAGGUCUCAACCCGGACCUAAGCGAGAUACGGGACAGUGUCUCUCGAACCAUUGAGCUCCUCAAAGAACUCUCAAACCGGCGUCUUCUCGCCAGUUUGACAUGGCCCCUGUGUGUCACUGGAUGUAUGGCAGACCCGGAUCAAGGCGCCUGUUUUCAUAGUCUGGUUAUCUCGGCGGAGAUCAGUCCGCAAUCAUUGAGGCAUACAUGGACUGCUUUACAGAUAAUCAAGGAUGUGUGGAAAGCCCGCAGCUCUUGGUGGGGACAGACAUUGCCUAAAUGGGAACAAAUUCUUUGUAUUGAUGGAUCUCCAAUACUACUUAUAUAAAGAAGCUAAGCCAGACACACUCUAGUAGCCAAUGCUGCUCUAGAAAGAAUGCAGAUAGCUCAGCUCGGCCAAGGUUUGCGAACUCCA